GUUUACCAUCGACGAAAUCCAUCCUUUCAUUAAAAUCAUUCUCAGCGACGUUGUUUACAGACAAGAAGAGAAGAGAAGUAUAGAAAACGUAAACGUGUUUUUGCUUGUGUUCAUCAUCUAAGCUGUAGUCAGGAUUUAUUAUAAGAACAACUUUUCAAUAGCUUGAGACCUUACGCUGAAAGGUUGAUAAUUUUUAAUUAUCUCUCAAGUUUUAUUUUCAAAAACAGGAAUAGAGUAUAUAUUUCGUACUCGUUUUCUUCCAUAUUUAACGAUAUCCUUGUUCUCUAUUAUUAUUUAUUCGAAAAAUUUCUCUUUUAUUCUUUAAAAUCACUCUUAUUGUUUAUUCCAUAUGUCGUUUUUUCAACAGGCCAAAGAAAAUCUGGGAAAUACAUUGAUCCAAUUGGGCGGAAAUUUAAAACAACAGUCGAAUUCUUUAUUAGACGCCGAUAAUGAAAAGUCUGCUAUUACAUUAUUGCAAAGAGGAACCUCGAAAAUGAGCAACAUGACGAUGGGUGGAAUGUCGAAUAUGACAAACUCCUCUCCUCACACUUCUUCUACCGCCGCGUGCAAAACUUCAAUGUAUUGGAAUUGGUACACUAUUGAUGCUUGCUUUAUUACCAAACAUUGGCAUAUACGCAGCAAGAGUAUGUUUGUAGGAAGUAUCUUCGGUAUCAUCUUUAUGAUGAUGGCCAUGGAACUCGUUCGUCGCUUGCAGCGGGAAUUCGACCGUUGGUGUAUUCGUCAAUCUCAAUACCGAUCCAGCCUUGCGUGCCACCAUUCUCCCGAAAGCUCCUUUGUUCAUUCUUCUUCCAAUGGUUUCAGCUGGUUCACCCGUGUUUGUUUCCACUUUAUACGUUCCUGUCUUUACAUUAUCCAGUUCAUUGUGACUUAUAUUGCCAUGCUUCUGGCCAUGUAUUACAAUGGCUAUGUGAUUUUAUUCCUUUUUUGUGGUACCUUUUUGGGCUUCUUUUUGUUUGCCGCGGACACCGUCAAUUACAGCAAGCCAAUCUCAAGUCCAUCAAUAGACAAGAUAGUCCAUGUAUCUGAUGAAAAAGAUCUCAGCUUUAAAACUAACAGCCAACCUUCUGACGUCUAAUCAGCUUUCCAGCUAUUUCUCUAUAAUCCUUUGUAAUGUUUUCUUUCUUUAAAAUUCAUAUGUUUCUUCGUUUAUGAUCCAUCAAUAAAUUCAAUUCUAGUUUUCAUAAUGUCAAUAACUGUUUAAUUUUGCAAGCUUUAUAAUCAUAAAAAUUACUAGUCUAUCUUGUAUCCAUUGAAUCAAUACCUUCUUUUUGUUUUUUAAUACCUUGAAAGCA